UAUUUCGGCACAGGAUUGAACAGGAUUUCCAUCUUGCCGGCUUCAGUUUCACGUGUUUUGUGUUUGUCCAAAGUCGGAAAAAUAUGGACUAAAAACUAGGAUACUUAGUCAACGAGUACGCCUUCAGUUAAUUAGCGACGGGGUUUGUGAACAAUUCAAAUGGCCGUUGACCUCACGAUGAAGAACAAAAGAAACGAUUCCGAGAAAAGUACCACCUUAUCCCACCCAUCAGUUGUCGAGUAUGAGAAGGAUAUUCUGGUGACACUGAAAGAAUGUGAAUUUUCUUGGCGCCAGCCGGUACAUUUCAUGCCCUCACAGCUGUCCCUCCGCCAGAAGGGCCUCGAGCUGGUUCGUAGUAAAUGCACAAAGCAGUCGUACCGCCGGACGACCAAGCAUUUGGCAAUUUACCUGCUCGAUGUGUUCCUGUGUAACCAUUACAUCCCGGUGGCACGGCUGGAGUUGGUUGCGUUAACCUGCUUAAGUCUCGCGUGUAAGAUCGAGGAGAACGAUCCGGAUAUACCAACGUUGACUAUGCUCAAUUCCUUCAGCAGCGAGCCCUACAAACGAGCCGAUUACAUCGCGAUAGAAACGACCGUGUUAAGUUUCUUCGAUUGGCACAUUACGAUCCCAACGGCCGCCACUUUCCUCGAGGUGUACACGCUGCACUGCGUCGAUGAGGGCGAUUUCGCGCUUCCGCAGGUUAGCAUGGCAACUGGAUUGUUCGAUGAAGUAUUCGAUAAGGUGAGCGCGGCCAGCUUAGAUUUCCUCGACGGAACACUCUCCAAUGGACAGAUGGCAAACGUAAUGCCUUCGCUGCUGGCAGCAGCUUGCGUUUCCGCAGCACGUUGCGCCGAACCAAAUAUCCGUGCCUGGAGCGAUCGAUUGACCACCGUUACGGGUUACGAGUACUCCGAGGUGCACGAUGUUUGCACUGCGCUCAUGUUCGGUAAACUGCCUACGUCCUCACCACGUUCCUUCGCGCCGAUGCUGGGAAAGAAACGAUCGUUCUCUGAAUCAGGCUUUCUGUCCACCUCCGAUGCCGGAUCGGACAGUGAUACGACGGUAGAUUGCAGCUUCGGCAGUGCCGGUGGUAGCAGCUAUGACGACACGCUUAACCUCAGCAGUGAUACCGGUGUUAUCCGGCAGACAAAAAUGCGAAAGGUUUCUGCGAAAGGUGCUAGAGUUUGAA